AUGUGGGCCGUUGACAGCGGGGCAACACAUCACAUCUGCCACGACAAGUUCAAGUUUGCAAGCUUGGUCGAAGGCAAUGAUGGCGAGAUCCUGGUGGCUGAUGGCAACAAGGCGGCCAUCAAAGGUGUGGGGACCAUCGUGGAAAAGGUGAUUCUGCCAAACGGGGAAGAGCGCGAGAUCGAGAUCAAGAACGCGCUCUAUGUGCCCAGCAUGAGCAAAAAUCUGCUCUCGGUGCCGCAGAUUAACAAGCACGGCAACUUCCAAGUGGUGUUUGACGGGGAUACGAUGUACGUCGCUCGCAAGGAUUCCAAUCAAGUGGUGGCAGCUGCGGAUCUUGUAGACGGACUCUACUGGCUUCGCACGACGCAGCGAUCGGCCAAUGCGACAUCACUCAGCAACGCUGUUGAUCUACAUGCGCGAAUGGGCCAUGCUCCAGUCGACGUGCUUCGCAGGAUGGUGACAAGCCACAUGAUCAAGGACGCUCACAUCCCUUCCAAGCCGAAUGGAUCAAGUGUGUGUCGAGGAUGCCAAGAAGGGAAGAUGGUCCAAAAACCAUUCCCGAGCAACAGUGACAAGCGCACCUACAACACCUUCGAGAUGCUCCACUUCGACAUCUGCGGACCCAUGGAAAAAAAAUCUCUGGGUGGCAGCAAGUAUCUGCUGCUGAUCUUGGAUGAAGCCAGCGGAUGCAUGAAGGGUUUUUGUCUGCAUUCCAAGUCAGAGAGCGAAGAGUGCAUCAAGAAGUACAUCACGAUGAUACAGACGCAGUUCAACAAGAAGGUCAAAUUUGUGCGACACGAUGGAGCCCGCGAGUUUGCGACGAACUCGCUUCAAGAUUUCUACGAAGUCGAAGGCAUCGAGCAACAAACCACGGUGCCAUACGCACAUCAAGCCAAUGGAACUGCUGAACGCGCGAUUCGAACUAUCGUCACCAUCGGUCGUAGCAUGCUCCAUCAUGCCAAGUUGGACAAGUGCUUCUGGGCUGAAGCGGCAAUGACGGCCGUCUAUGUGAAGAACCGUUUGCCGUCACCCAAGAUUCCACACAAGACACCGUUCGAGAUUGUCUACAAUUCUAAGCCAAGUGUCAAGCACAUGCGCGUUUUUGGGUGCCAAGCAUACAUCUUGACCCCGAAGGAGAAACGACUCAAGUGGGAUCCCAAGGCCCGGGCUGGAUUGUUUUUGGGCUACGAAGAAGUGUCCAAGGCGUAUCGAGUUUACGACAUCGAAGCGGGGCAGGUGAUGAUAAGUCGCGAUGUCAACUUCGAUGAGUCGGCCUUUGGAAUGUCGAUGCUGAUUUCCGAUGACGAUGUUGAUGGCCUGGACUUCGAAUCGAUCGAUCUUGAUGAUAAAGAACCGCGUCCGAGACACUUCAAACAAACAGGAAAGCGCAAGGCCCAACCCAGUCACGACAAUGACGACGCAAGCAUGCCCCGAGCAGUGCGCCAACGACCCGGAUUGGAAGAGUCAAGUGCGCCGGAUGACCUCUCUUCACGUCGAGCCAACGAAGAUGAAGAAAGGAAGUCGGAGGAACAACAUGACACACCGACUUCCUCCGCGUUUUGGCAUGCGAGUGCAAACGCCGUCGAAGCAGCGGUCGAUUUUUCGGAGCCGUCGACAUUUGAAGAAGCAGUGUCUGGCCCGGACCAAGUACACUGGCGCAAGGCAAUUGAUGCGGAGCUCGAUUCGAUGAAGCUUCGCGGUGUCUUUCGUGCGGCCAAGUUACCCAACGGACAAAGCGCCAUUGGCACAAAGUGGGUCUUCAAGAUCAAGCGCAAGGCGGAUGGGUCGAUCGAGAAAUACAAGGCACGACUUGUGGCCAAGGGUUUUCGCCAAAAGUAUGGCAUCGACUACACGGAGACGUUCUCGCCCGUGGUCAAGUAUGUGACGCUGCGAAUGGUCAUCGCCAUUACCAAGCACUUUGGAUGGCCCCUCGACCAGCUCGAUGUGGUGACUGCGUUCCUGUAUGGAGUGAUGAAGGAGAAGGUGUUCUGCGCUGUUCCGGAAGGCGUCAAGAUGGAAGCGUCGGGAUUCGAUCCAUGUCUCUACAUCAUGACUUCGGAAGGCCAUUGUGUUUUUGUGCUGGUCUACGUGGACGAUGUCUUGGUGACUGGAAGCUCGCUCGAGAUGAUUGCGCGCACCAAGAACGACCUCAAGACACGCUUCGAGAUGACGGACAGCGGCAAGUGUGCCUUUGUUCUUGGGAUCGAGUUAUUGGACGGUAAAGAUGGCAGCGUGACUAUGUGUCAGCGCCGUUAUGUCGACGAUGUCCUCAAGCGCUUUGGAAUGGAUGAGUGCAAGGCUGUGGCAAGUCCGGUGGACGUCAGCUCUCGACUGGUUCCAAGCAACUCUGCAAGCAAGGUGGAUGUCCCAUUCCGUGAAGCAGUGGGUGCUUUGAUGCAUCUGACGACUGCAACGCGACCGGACAUCGCCUAUGCUGUAAGCUUUGUGUCACGGUUCAUGGAGAAACCCCAAGAAGAACACUGGGUUGCAAUCAAGCGCAUCUUCCGCUACCUACAAGGCACCAAGAUGCAUGGAAUCUGCUACAAGCCAAGUGCGAAGAUCGACUUUCGUGGCUAUUCAGAUGCAGACUGGGCCGGUGACCUUGCUGAUCGCAAAUCGACGUCCGGCUACGUCUUCAUGCUAUUGGGUGCUCCGGUGAGUUGGGGCAGCAAGAAACAGCCAAGUGUGUCACUGUCUACAAGCGAAGCGGAGUACAUCGCGCUCAGCCUGGCGAUCCAAGAAGGCAAGUGGAUCAAUCGCUUGCUGUGCGAGAUCAUGGCGGCUGCAAACGAAGAAGGACCCGAGCUCGUCAUCCGUGAAGACAACCAGUCGUGCAUCAAGAUGACGAAGAAUCCGGUCAACCACGGCCGCGCUAAACACAUCGACAUCAAGUACCAUCACAUCCGUGAUGAAGUCAAGCGCGGCGAAGUGAAGCUUGAAUACUGCGAGACGACGUUGAUGUUGGCGGACAUCAUGACGAAGGGACUUCACGGACCGCGUCACAAGGACUUGACGGCGGCGCUUGGCAUCCGUGCGUGUUCGGAUUGA